ACACCGGGUGGAUGUCUCGCACAUUUAAUGCCAGGAGAAUUGGACAACAGGCAAAGAAACACAAUGGAGCUGAAACCUUUGCUGAAGAAGCUGGGCUCAAUAACCCGUGCGAUCCUUACUUUUCUUUUUGCUCUGCUGGUCCUGGGUGUGAUGGUUUGGGCCUAUGUAGCCGGUUUCCAAAUAGCAACGUCCAUGUAUGGAAUCAUCUCCUUUGGCUUUUAUGGACUCCUUCUCUCUCUCCAUGUGCUGGUCCAGAGCUUCUUUGCCUUCCUGGAACGGCGGAAAAUGAAUGCCCGCAAAAAAACGUGCACCUUUACCAAAACCAUUGGCUUCACUAUAUCAGCUUACCAGGAGGAUCCUACCUACCUCAGAGAAUGCCUCAACUCCAUCAGGGCACUCAAGUAUCCUCCUGAGCUUCUGCACAUCAUCAUGGUGAUAGACGGGAACUCGGACGAUGACCUGUAUAUGAUGGAGAUGUUCAGAGAGGUGUUUAUGGACCAGGAUCCUGGUUGUUAUGUGUGGAAGAACAACUACCACUCAUGGAGUCCCAUGCAGGCCCAGCCGGAUGAGAAAAAUGCCACAGCAAUUGGUCCAGAAGGCGAUGCUGAUCAUGUCAUAGAAGAGGAUCCACAGCGAAAAGAGGUCGAACAUUUAAUCCAGAGCAAGAGGUGUGUGUGCAUCAUGCAGAAGUGGGGCGGCAAACGGGAAGUGAUGUACACGGCGUUUAAAGCACUUGGCUCAUCAGUCGACUACAUACAGGUGUGUGACUCAGACACUAAGCUGGACUCCAUGGCCACAGUGGAGCUGUGUAAGGUGCUGGAGAGUAAUCAAAAGUAUGGUGCCGUGGGCGGAGAUGUGAUGAUUCUCAACAUGGAAGAGUCCUACAUCAGCUUCAUGAGCAGUUUGAGGUACUGGAUGGCGUUCAACAUCGAGCGGUCCUGCCAGUCCUUCUUCAACUGUGUGUCCUGCAUCAGUGGGCCUCUGGGUCUGUACAGGAACGAUAUCCUCCAGCAGUUUCUAGAGUCUUGGUACAAUCAGAAGUUUUUGGGAACUCACUGCACAUUUGGUGACGACCGACAUCUCACAAACCGAAUGUUGAGUAUGGGCUACGCAACAAAAUACACAGCUCGCUCAAAAUGCUACACAGAAACACCCGCUCAGUUUCUGCGCUGGCUCAACCAGCAGACACGCUGGACCAAAUCCUACUUCCGAGAGUGGCUCUACAACGCAAUGUGGUGGCACAAGCACCACCUGUGGAUGACCUACGAGUCCAUCGUCUCGGGUAUUUUCCCCUUCUUCGUCACCGCCACCAUCAUCAACCUGUUUUGGACCGGCACGCUGUGGGACAUCCUCUGGGUCCUGUGCUGCAUCCAGUUAAUUGGGCUGGUGAAAGCGGCAUACGCCUGCAUAUUGCGCGGAAGCAUCGUGAUGGUGUUCAUGUCCCUUUACUCGGCUCUGUACAUGACGAGCCUGCUGCCUGCCAAAUAUUUCGCUAUCAUCACCAUGAACAAAAGCAGUUGGGGGACAUCAGGCCGGCGUAAGAUGGUGGGGAACUAUAUCCCUCUUCUUCCUCUGUCGGUGUGGGCAGCCAUUUUGUUAGGAGGACUUGGUUACACAAUCUACAGGGAGAGUCAGCAGGACUGGUUGACCCCAGCCAGAAUUAUGGAAACAAGGUUUAUAGUCUUUGGUUUGGUGGGCUACAUCAGCUACUGGCUGGUUAUGGUGUUUCUCUACUGGGCAUGGUUCCGCAAGUUAUGUAGGAAACGCUCUCAUCAAUACACACUGAGUGUGUAGGUCUAAGGAAGAAUAAGGAGAUUUAUUUUCAUUUGAUUGUAUUACUCAGUUUUGGUGGUGAUGAUGAUGGCGUUUCAUUUGGCUACAUUUAACCAACAAACUACAUGAAAAAUAGAUCAAAUAACAAUAAUAAUAAUAAUAAUACUACAUUUUAUUUAUAAGGCACUAUACAUCACAAAAUGAUGUCAAUGGACACACAGUAACGUUAAAAACAAGCAGUAAAAACAAGCAACAUAUGACAAUAAAUAGUGAUGUUUUGCGGCAAUGAGUCACUUAACUUAAGUGGAAAUGUUGCACAUUUAAAUGAAAACCACACUGAAGGUCCUUCUGGUCUGCACUUCUCAGGUUUCUUUUUGCCAUAUGUUGAUGGAAAAGAGAUUUCCUCCCAGCAGAUAUUUAUUAAUAAAAAUAUGAAGAUGGUGAAUAUUUGUGGACUGAAGGGUGUGGACAAGGAGAGUAGGGUUUGUGUAUUUAAGAAAAGAAUAAUUUGCUACAUAUGUAUGUGUUGAUGAUCACAGUAACAACAUAAAAGACUCUUCACUAUGUGCCAGUUUAGUGAGCGUGAGUACUUCAGCACUGUUGUUGUUACUGCACUGGAUCCGUGGCCGCACGUUCUGCAGUGCUGCAGAUUUACUUGAAAAAUGCAAUUGGAGUUAUAAUAUAUUAACAGUAGUGUGCUGGACAAUGGGGCUAAAAACCAAAGCAAAUUAAAUGAAUGGAUGAAAAUAUUUCUGGUGUUUUAAUAAAUAGUAUUUUGUUGCUGUAUAUAAUCUCUUGAUCUGUGAAGUACUUUGUACAAUGCACUUUUGUUUUUGUUUUUUGUAUUUUUUACAGAAGAGAAAAGCUUUAUAUGGCCUAAGUUUUCUGAACAAUGCAUAUGUUGUAAUUGCUGGUGAUAGUUUGAAAAUGUGAACAAACUAAUGGAUUUUUGAAACUUUGUAAAUAGAUGAAAAAUAAAAAUGUUUUUUCU